GGUAGUGCAGUCUUUCGAGUACACUCGACCCUUUCAGAUCACUCGUGGACCACAGGUGUUUUUUUGUGACCUAUAUUCACCGUAUUACCUACUCGACAGUUGGAAAAAGUCAAAACCUGGGAUAAAUAUCACCCGAAAUUGUCAAACGUUCGAUUAAACUUGUUUCAGACAAGUGUAAGUUAAUUAAUAAUGCUAUCGCAGCAUGAGGCAGUCGUCGUGAGGAAUGGAGUGAAGAAAUACGGCUGUGGUAAACCGAUUCUGGAUCAACUGAACAUGUCAGUGUCACGAGGUUCCAUAUAUGGACUGUUGGGAGCCAGUGGAUGCGGAAAGACGACAUUGCUGUCCUGCAUCGUGGGAAUCAGCUCACUUGACAGCGGAGAAAUCUUUGCACUCGGUGGACAUCCGGGCAGCAAGUCGUCAUCAGUGCCGGGUCCUAAAGUUGGUUUUAUGCCGCAGGAAAUAUCUCUUGUUAAAGAAUUCACUCUUCUUGGUGCGCUGCAUUACUUUGGGCGUAUUAAUGGAGUUAAAGAUGACGUUAUUGAAGAGCGACAUAUUUUUCUUGCCGAACUACUCCAGCUGCCGCCAAAGAAUCGGCUCGUCAAGCACAUGAGCGGUGGACAACAGCGCAGGGUUUCAUUUGCUUGUGCUCUGAUUCACGAGCCAGAGCUUCUGAUCCUCGAUGAGCCCACGGUGGGGUUGGAUCCGAUUCUGCGUGAAAAUAUUUGGGAUUUUCUUGUCAAUCUGACGAGACGCAAAGGAGUGACGGUUAUUAUAACUACGCAUUAUAUUGAAGAGACGAAGCUUGCUGACAAAAUAGGUCUCUUGAGACAUGGAAAAAUGUUGGCUGAAAUGUCGCCAAAUAAAUUGCUGGCAAAGUGCCGGUGUGAUACUCUCGAAGAAGCUUUUUUGAUGCUCAGUCAGAAGCAGAAUGACACCGAGGAAGAACGAAGACGCAGUCAAAUUAAUGGGGACAUUGAGUGUCUUACAGAAUUGGAAGAAAUUUCCCAUUAUGGUCUAGAUCUAAACGGUAAUGAAGCCAGAAGACAGUCAGCUAAUGGAUACCCAAGAUCUCCAGUGAGCUGCUAUUCAUAUCCCGUUGAAAAUAAAAUAAAUAAUAAAAUACGUUGGCGUAGAUUUCAAGCCCUCAUUAUUAAAAAUUUUCUACAAUUUAUCCGUCACCCAGGCGGCAUAUUAUUCGCGCUAAUUUUUCCCAUGCUCCAGGUUAAUAUUUUUUUCAAUGCAAUCGGUCGCGACCCUCAGAACCUCAGCAUAGCAGUUGUAAAUUACGAAGCAGGAAAUUGUCAUGCUGGAAAAUAUCUCGGACGAGUUGAUUACUCUGAGGAAAAUCACUGCGAGUUUGUUGACAUAAGCUGUCGUUUUCUCGACGGUUUUCAGCGUACGAUUGCUAAAAAUAAAUUUUACGGUGACAUAAACACCGCGAUUGAUUCUGUUAGGCACGGAGAGACUGUCGGUGCAUUGUUCAUUGGUAAAAAUUUUUCUCUUGCGUUGCGCGAACGUCUUGAGUACUUGGGAGCACAGGAAAUAAAUAGCGGUGACAUUGACGUGACCCUUGACAUGGGAAACCGCCAAAUUGGACUCUUUAUUGAAAAAAAUAUAUACAGUAAAUUUGAAAUUAUUUACAGUGACAUCCUUGAAGAAUGUAAUUUACCGCGAAGAUUAAUGAACCCGCCAUUAAAAUUUGAAAAGCCCAUUUUUGGUGACAAAAAUCAAAAGUACUCGACAUUUAUGGCGCCAGGGUUUUUGCUAACACUGACUUUUUUUCUUGCAACUUCAGUUUCCUCAUCAAUUAUUAUUGCAGAUCGACAUGAAGGAGUUUGGAACAGAAGUCUUGUUCAAGGUGUCAAAACAUCUGAGAUUUUAAUCUCUCAUUUACUGACACAGAUAACAGUUAUCAUUGUCCAAGUGACCGUCACAACCGUAAUUGCCUUCGUCCAGUACAGUCUUGACUGUCGUGGAUCACUUGCCGUCGUGAUUCUUCUAAUAUUUCUCAUGGGUAUCUGCGGCAUGUGCUACGGCUUCCUAGUGUCCGUCAUGUGCACGUCACACACAAUCGCCAACUACAUUACCACUGGUAGUUUUUAUCCAGUAAUUCUUCUCUGUGGGUGCAUUUGGCCGAUUGAGGGAAUGCCGAAUGUCUUGCAGUGGAUCAGCUUUAUCAUGCCGACGACGAUCCCCGGACUUGCUAUCAGGAGUAUAAUCGACAAAGGACACGACAUUGGUAAUCCUCAAGUGUAUCAAGGAUUCCUGGUCGUUGCAGGCUGGACAAUUAUUCUCGUACUUUUGUGUUUUCUCGGAAUGCGCACGAAAAAAUCUUAGAUUUAAUUAAAUUAAUCACUUAGCUGAGUUUAACUUCUAGUCAAUGCCCGAAGGAAGUGUUGUAUUUGUAAAUGUAAUAAUUAUUGUUAUUAAUAUAUAUAUAUAAAUAUAAAUAUAUGAUAUGGAU